GAACAUUCUUGAAGCAAUACACUUGGCUUCUGCCCACCUUGCGUACGAUCAUAUUGACCGUGAUAUGGUCCAUACGGGUACCUCGAUUAUUGUCAUAACUCCAGGAAGCGGUGUCUUCGAAGUGUCUUAUGAAUCCUUAUCCUCUACCUCGGAAGCACUCGCCGAUCGUGGCAUUGCGAUUGACCUGGUCUGCCUCAGCCCAAUGCCUCUGCACUCCGUGCCGCUGUUCAAGUACAAAGCGCCUGUGCAAAGAUCCGGUAGUUCUUCGUUCGGCGACUUUCACAGCAGCGGUUAUUCACCUGAGAUGCGCCAGUCGUUCAGCUUUGCUAGUCGGACUCCUCAUCUAUCACCAAAAUCUACCAUGCAAGGCUCGUUUCCAGGAAUGACACACAAGGAACAUCUCUCCGCUCGCUCAAACGAAUGGAACUACGGCAUACCCCACUGGCUUGAUAUCUCCUACUGGAAUCCAGAAACAUACAGAGAAGCUCGGCGCAUUGCGAAGAAGGAUCCUAACGCGCCGAUUCCUUUCACCGUCACCAAACAGUCCAAGCUCUUUGUGCCACGGGUCCGAAUGUACGAAAUCCAAAUGAUGGGGGUGAUGGAGAGCGAGCAGUCGGACAUCUCGAUUCCUUAUCUGUUGGAGGGCCAGGGCGUUUCCCGCCCCUCAAAUGCUGGUCUCGGUUUGAGUCCGAGUGGUCUUUCGUCGUCUAGGGCUUCCUUCAGGCGCAAUUCGACUUACAAAGCUCAAUUGAGCGACAGCCUGCGACCCGAACCUUUUCUGCAGAAUAUCACAAACCCCAAAGAUGUAAUGCUGGCCAGGUCGAAGAAAACGCCCAACCAGGUGAUUGCCUGGAUGGACCAGUAUGACGAGGCGGUCUUUCAGCCUUUUGCCAAACGGCGACAGCAGCGCAAGUCUUCCAGACCAAAGCGGCCGAGCGAGCCUGAGGUUCAAGUUUCCAACGCGCAUGACCGGCUUUCUGCACGGUCAGUGUUGCGUCUGAGAGAGCAUGAAACCAAUUCCAACUCGGGCGACCGCUCCUAUCCCACUAGGACGAUCCCUCGAGUUUCCGAACCAUCGCUGUCGGUGCCCCAAAGCCCUGUGCCUUCCAAAACCUCCUCCCCCAAGAAGCCUGCCUUGAAAACUCCCUCGGCUGCGAGAACACCACGGAUGUCGCGUACGAUCAGUUUCGCUCUCCUUGGGUUUGGCGCCACCCCGCCCCGAGCUCAGGCCAGCACGGAGGUCAAUGUGGAACAUGCUAGGGCGCAGCCCACCUCAGGCCAGAAGAAGCCUUCUGCGGGAUUCAUGGAUACCAGAAGCGUGGAGUCAUUUAGCGGUUCGGACUCUGCAUCCAUUUCUACGGUGAUCGACACUUCAUUGCGACCGGCGUCACCUCACCUGAUGCCACAAAAGUCGGCUAUGACGCCAACGAGGCCGAUUUCAAUCAAGGUGCCUUCGAGGCAACCUUCGGAAGAUACAGAGCCGGUCGAUCGUACGGUUCUACCAGAGUCUUACUCGACGACAAGUACUGCGAUCCCUUUCACCGGGGACGGCCGCCGGGACAGCCGCGCGAAGAACGGGCCCAGGUUCGAGCUUACGGUGAGCGGCGGAUCUCGCGAAUCGUCAAUCAAGAGCCCACAGAACAAGGCAUUGGCGCCCUGGGUGCGUUCUAUCAACCCGUGCAAUACGUCAAGGGACGUUCUUCGGGAUACUAGUUGGUUCGGGCGCUGGCAACAUGCCUACCCGCGACCACCCCAUGUUGCAGUGGUGAAAUGGAAGAGCCUGAAGUCUCCCGCCAUCUUGCCAUUGACGACCGAGGAAUUCCCCACGGCUCAGGAGCUGGGUUCUGAUUAUCUGCAGACCCCGUACCGCGUCUUUCCGAAUGAUGACCCGGAAGGCGUCGAAGUACCCAAGACAAGGGGCAUCCUGCUGCGGGAGAUGAUUUCAUUGCGAUUAUCUCAUGGAUUCCAGAUCGUCAUUGGAAAACAUGUUGCUGAGGUGUCUGGGCAACCUGCUCUUGAAACCUUGAAUGUCUUCGACACCCGCAGCCUGGAACGGGACGGUGCUACUGUCUUCCUCUCGAAAGGAAACACUAUCCACCGGCUGAUCUGUGUCGAUGGCGGCGAAAUCGAAGUAACGCGUUUCACGCGCCGGACUUCUUCUACUUUGGCAGCUGGAAAAAGGGACGACUUUUCCCUCUACACGCCAGCGAUGAGGACCAUUCUAAGCACGAAGUAUGAGCUCAAAAACAUCAAGCUUGACCCGACGGCCGAGGAUUACAAUUGGAACUACGCUGACAACUACGUUGCCGGGCACCGCGACUACUUGUUCAACCCAGCGCAACAGCUGCAAUUUUGGCGGGUACGCUACGUUCUGAUCCCGAUGCCGCUGCAGGUCAACAACCGACGACACUUGCAGUCGUUCAACGAGGAUAAUGAGGAAGAGAUCCACCUCCUGGGCAUCAAUCAACUUACUCACAUAUGGCAGCGGCACAGGUACGUCCCGCCUGAGGAGAAGAGGUUCGAGUCCUCCAACGAGAAGAAGGACCAGAAUCCUCUCAAUAUCAUGUACCAGACACGAAAUCCAUCCGAGGUUGUUGCGGCCGAGUUAGAUCGCAUCUUGCUCUCGGACCCUGGCUUGGACAAUUCACCCGCGCAGCUGCUGCCGGAAUCCGAACUGCUGGAAAGGUCGAGUAUCAGCCUGUCGUCGCUGGCGCAGAUCAUCCAAGGGGAGAAAGGUGUACGGAUGAUGGAUCGGAGAUGGCACUGGCGGUUACAUUACAACUGUUUCAUUGGGUUCGAGUUCACCACUUGGCUUCUGCAGAAUUUCCGCGACAUUGAUAGCCGGGAAGAAGCGGUUCAAUUUGGCAACGAGUUGAUGAAGCACGGUCUAUUCCAGCACGUCGAGAAGAGGCACAAUUUUCGAGACGGAAACUACUUCUACCAGAUCUCCAGUGAAUACCGGGUCGCCAGGCCUGAAUCUCGGGGGAGCUGGUUUCCUCAGAAAAAGUCGGACAAAACCGUACCUUCCACAGCAGCGAGUGAGAACCCAAGAGACUCGCCCGUGAACGGUCAUUCCCGGUCUGACAGCGUCGAGACACUUCCCCCGCACAUGCCUGCAACCCCAUCCAAGUCUAAGAACAAAGCUACCAUCUCAUUAUCGAAGAUGAUGAAAUAUGAUGUUGACCCUCGCAAGCGGUCGAACAGACCCGAAGUCAUCGAUCUCCACUACGACAGGUUACAUAAUCCGGACAACUGCUUCCACAUUGAGCUCAGCUGGAUGAAUACCACUCCGAAGCUGAUCGAGGAUACUGUGCUGUCCUGGGCUGCGACCGCCGAAAAGUUUGGACUCAAGCUCGUCCAGGUACCAAUCGCCGAAGGCUGUGCGAUCAGCAGGACGCAACCGUUCAGGAAGCCAUAUCGAGUCUCUCUCAAAGUCCCACCUCCUCCGGGACCAGUUCCCACAGUUUUCAAUACGGCUACAUUCUCGCAACUGGGCUUAUCGGACCGACAUUACUACCAGAAAGCUAUGCUGCGGAAAUUUGAUUUUGUUCUGGACUUUGAAGCGAGAUCCGCGUUCCCAGCCGAUGUGGAAGUGUCGUACUCCUGGGGCACCCCGGACUACCAGUACCCGCAGUACAUUCACCGAUCAGGCAGUCUUCUGGUCCAGAUCACCGAUGAAGGGGACUUUUUGUUUCUGGCCAACCGGCUUGUCAGUACACGACUGGCUGCGGCCAAUCGAGAAGGAUCGCGGUACGAACGGAUGGACCGGCCGGAACAUCUUCGAGCGCGCGCGUCAACCUAUGACCCUCUGGACCGUAUCUCUCCACGCCUUUCACCGCUUGUUCGUCCCCUCCACGAGAUUGGCAGCCCCAUCAGCCCGCAGGGACAACCGAGCAUCGAUUCCGCACAACUCUACCGUGCUCCGGAGCACAUUCUCAAUAGCUUCGUCGAGUUCUGCAAUGAUCCGGCUAGACUCGAGCAGUUCUAUAGCGUGUCACACGCGCGGCCCGUCUCGACGAAGGUCGGUCCUGCGCCGACCGCGCUCAUGGACUCGUCGAUACCCACGCUUGAGUUGCCCGCGAGUGUCGUCAGCCAUCACAUCCAUCCGCCUGCGUUGACGAGUAGGGCAUCGGUCGAUGGAUGCAUGCCAACUAUCGACGCGAUGACACGAGCGAGGAAUGACAGCUUGAGCCACAAGGGAAGCAGAAGCCCGCGGAGUGGUAGUUUGCGGCCGUUGAAUAUGAAUUGAUCCUGUAGAUGAAUGAUACCCUCGCUUUGACAUAUUGUCUUCAUGAAUUUAUAUGACAUGGAAACGGCUGUACUUUAUCCUAGUUUUCGAGUUACUAUUAAAAGUUAGCUCUUAUG